AUGUCCAUCAACAGAGUAAACCUCAAGAACAAAUAUCAAGAUCUUCUAGGAAGUGCAAACGCUCUUCCCUUUGAUCUAGCAACGGGGGAAACCGUCAAGUUCUUCUCCAGAACGGAUAGACAAAACUUGGGGAUUAAACUGACAAAACAAUCCUCUAGAGAUAUCUCCAUAACAGCUUCGGAUGGGUACAUCUAUUUAACUAACUUGAGACUCAUAUACAUCACCAGAUCAAAGGGAGAUAUCGAUACUUUCCUGAUGGAUUUGGCUGUGGCUUCACAAUUACAGUUUAGUCAUGAAUUGGUGUCUCCGUGGUUUGGGGCAAACUAUUGGAAGUUUCUCUUUUAUUCAGCCCAAGGUAUAAGUGGUGGCUUUUUACCUAAUAGUUGGUAUGAGGGAAAUAUCAAGUUCAACGAUGGCGGCGUGUUUGACUUUGUUCUGAUCUUUAAUACCGUCAUCAACGACGCUAUAAAUAAUCAACAUGUUGAUGAAGAGUUACCACAAUACGUUCCAUAG